UAGUUCUAUGCUAUGCUUGAGUACUUGAACUUGUUGGUGUUGUGGAUGUUUGCUAGACCGGCGUCGAGUCGCGUCAUAGCAAAGGCACUUCGCUCCAUCGCAGGUGUGAGCUAGACCGAGUCGCGAAGCUUGGAGCAGCUUUUGGCCCAUUUUGACCCACCAAGAGCGGUUUAGGGGUAUGCCCUUUUCCUAGAAUCUCUCCCAGACACUUUGGUCCUUGGAUUUUGAAGCUCGCUCUUUGCUUCACUUGUCUUUUCACAUAUUCUUCCAAUCGUCACCAUGUCCCAUAAUGGGUCUGCCGAGUCGACUAGUCCAACAGAUGAAGCUCUAAAUCCGUUCCAUGCUAGAUUGAAUACGAUUCUUAACGAGGAACGCAAACGAAGCAGCACUUUUACUGCGAAUACGAAAGACGUCAUGUUUCUAUGGUGCUCGAGUCCUGGUCACAUCGAUCAUGAGAGCUGGGUCCAACCCUACUUACUAGUCCAUUGGAAACAUGGUGGGGGCUCCGACCCGCAAGCAGUAAAAGUUCGAUACGGUCCACUUGAUGAUAGACAAGAGCUCGAGAUCAGUCAGACACCAGACAAUUACUGGAAAACAGUGAGACAAUGGCUCAGGGAACGGUACGGCGAGGAACGGUCUCGGCAAGCUCAACUAGAAGAACACUGGAAACAAACUGGCAGUUCAUUCCCGUUCAUGAAUUUACCGGUAGAGUUGCAACGCUCAAUCCUGGGAUUUGCAAUAGGAACACGAAUAUGGCCACACAACAGAACGGAUUGCUGCAAAGAAAGAGAGAAGGAGACCCAAUGCAUUUCCUUGGCCGAUUUGAGCGCGGGUGGCUCCAAAUCCAGAGACAAAUUGCCGACGCUACUCGAUGCAGAUUCAUGGAGAGCACAUAUCACAGGCACAGCUAGAGUGGAUAGGGACUGUGAAUACCACCUCUGGCCCGAAGUAAUUGCUAUACAUGCACCGUCCAGGACGAUACAAGACUGGGAACCGAACCACGAGGAAACGCAUCCUGGCAUUGGAAUGACUCGACACGAUGAUUCUUGGGCAAUCACUUUGUUGUCCAUCAACAAGCAUAUCCGCAAAAUAGCCGAAGAUUUAAUCUGGGGUUCAUCUACCAAGCACUUCAACAGCAUGCACAUUUUAAUUAAUGCGAUGCCAUGGUUGCUAGCUAUGGAGUCAUACCAUGCACUCAACCAUGUGUCAUUGAGCUUACUGAAUAGGGAAUACCUAGGACUGGUCGGGUUUGAGGGUAAGCCCGGCGUAGGCUUUGCGCCUUUGCGGUAUGACUUGGGCAAGUUGGAGCAUCUGACAGACCUACCGUCCCUUAGCCGUCUGCACCUUCAGUUCCAAGUAACCCGAGGACUGAUGAAUGCCAAUGGCUAUGCAACUAUCGACCCCUGGAGCUUAGUUCGUCGCCGCGCUAGGCCGAUAACCUCUUGUCAGAAAGUGUUCGUGGACUGGUUCUUCACACUGGCGUAUGAUCGCCUUCGAAACGUCCCGAAAGUAACUUUCUCGGGUCAUGUGAAGAAUAGUGUACGCAGCAAGUGGGAAAAGAUCUUUGGUGAACCUCGCCAAAGUCCUAGACAUGAUAUGUCAUCUGAGAUUGCGAAGAUAAGGUCGACGCCCGUCAAAAAACUUCCACCUCGUUGCCAUUGUUCGAAGCCUUGUACUUGGUGGGACGGUCCCGAGAGAAGGCCAGGGCGCCGCUCAACAUAUCAAGAAUGGAGCGAUGAAGACUGAGCGAAAGAUACGUACUAUAGAAAGUGAACAAGAGCAAUAGUGUAAUGUUUGUAGAUGCAAGCGUCGCUGAAUGUCAUAAUUGAAAGUUGUAAUAUGCGCGUAAAGCUUGCGCGAACCCGACAUCGAGUAAGAAAUAGCAAACAAUGACAGUCCCCAUACCUGUGGAUUAUAUGCCGGCAGAUAU